AUGGUACCAGUCCCUGCACCGCCGAGCACCUCCGCCCUUCCCCUUCCCCUUCCCCUCCCCCCUUCCAUUCCGGCUUCCAAUCCCGCCCCCGCCCCCAACCCGGACAUCGACGGCAAUGGCUACCAAGACGCGCUAGACAGGCUUCAGCCCCUGCAGCCCGUCCUCCGGGGCUUCAACCACCGCAACCGGAACCAGCACCGCCGCGCCGCCUGGUGGGCUCCCUUCGGCAUGCUGCGGCGCCACGUCGAGAGAGUAGUCGAUGAACUACUCGAGGCUGCCGAUGCCGUUGCCGCUGCCGCUGCCGCUGCCGCUGCUGCCAAGUCGAAGAGCAAGAAGCGGCGGCGUGACGAUGGCGGCGGCGGCGGCGGCGUGGAAAGGAAGGUAAGGGGUCACGUGGAGUGGUUGAGGGACAUCUUAGUUCCAAAGUGCUACUUGGCCUUCUCGCAACUAACAGCGGACAACCAAUUCGCAACGCUAGGCGUAGUGCUGCUCAGCGCGUUAGCCCAGGUCAACGCCGCCUGCGUGCAUCUAGUAGGCGAAGCAGCGGAGGUAAGCCGUGACGAAACUAGCAUAUCCGUCGCGGAUAAGCCUAUAGAUAGCGGUGCCGCUGCGGUGCGCCUAAAAGAACCCAGCGUCCGAGGAGCUAAGGAGCCGCCCUCCCGGCUCAUCUUGACCGAGACGCCCGGCGAGCGCGGGGGCUCGGUAAUCUCGCGGGACGAGGUCGCGCGGGCUGCGAAGCUGCGGAGGAAGAACGUACAGGUCGGAUCUUCUGAUAUACCUAGUAAUGCGAAGCGGGGUCAGGACCACGGCAAUGGCGCCGGGGUUGUAGAGAAACAGCAGGAUAUAUCUUCGAAGACGAAGACUAAGGAGGGUGUAAGACUCGCGAAGAAAAAGAAGACCAAGAAAGGCGGCGACGAGUUCGAUAAUCUAUUCAAGGGCCUAUUUUAA